AAACCUGACCACCUGACUGACCUGACAUUUGCCUGCCCAGUGUCCAGCAGCCAUCACCCAAGCCUCCAGCAUGUCGGCGCCACCGGACAGGGAGCGAGAGCAGAAGCUCAAGUCACUCUUCUCUGACCUGGGACGCGCCACCAUGCGCGGCGUCAGAAAGUGUCCCCAGUGCGGCACGCUCAACGGCACGCGUGGCAACGCCUGCAAAAACAAAAACUGCAACGUCAAGUUCCGCGAUAAACCGCCCGAGGUCAAGUUCAAGUCGGCCUCCAAACUGCUCACAGGAAACUCACAAGAGAUGCUGUUUUCGGUGCGUGUGCGGGAGUCGGGCCCCGAGAUGCGCGGCUUUGUGCAGAUCGUCGACCCGGCCCAGAGUCUGGGCGGGGCCGCCGAACCGCCCCGCUGCCACGUCGCCUCCUGCCAAAAGUGGCGGUCCCGGCCGCGAGAUGGCAGUGACGUCCACUGCCGGCACAUCACGGCCGCGCUGCAGACGACCAACCAGGCGUCGCCGCUGAUGCUGAAGAACUCGGUGCUGAGCGGCCGGGAGGACCUGGCCGGCGUCCGGCAGCAAUUAUGGGCGCUGGCGACGGAGACGAGCGGGCCGCUGGUGCAGCGCGUCUCCCGCUGCUACCUGGUGGUCAAGUGUCGGCCGAGCCGACAGUUCCCGCUGGGUUACCUGCACGCCUACUUCUCACCCACGGCCAGCAGUAAGACCGACAAGGACCAGCGCUUCUUCUGUCCCUGCUCGUCCUUCAGGCACUCGUCGACAAACAGCGAGUCGCGCCGGUGUAUCCACGUGUACGCCUGCCUGUGCGCCUUCCUCAGCACACAGAGCCUGCGCCAGGAGUUUGACUACUUUGUCAAGCUGGACGAGCGCGCCCGGCUCAAACACAACUCGACGGUGCCCCUGCUAAGCGAGCUGGUCGAGGUGGCCGAGGCGACUGACACACUGCCCGUGCUGGACGUCAGCUCUGUGGGCGGCGCCGGCGGCGAUGACCUGUGCGAGGUCGAGGUCGAGGUGCUCGAGGAGUCGGCCAUACUGCAGGCCGCCGGGCUGCACGGCCUGGAGUACGCCGACAACCCGCUCCGUGUGGAGACCGGCGAGGACGGCGCCCUGACGCUGCAGCUGGCCGGCCGACCCUCUGAGCGUGCCCCCUCGGCGCUCCAGCUGGAGCUGCACCCGGUCCCGCCGGAGCCGCCGACCGACGAGGGCGCCCGCCGCGCCGCCGCCGCUGCUGACCGGCAGACGCGCGCCGCGGUGCCCGAGACAGAGCUCUCAUCGUCCUUCUACGACUGGCUGGGAGGUGUCACAGAGCGCAUCAACCAGACGAUGCACUACCAGUGUAACGGCCGGCCCGACCCGCUCGUCUUCCACGUGCCGCACACGUUUUUCAACGCUUUGAAGGAGCGUAUCGCGUUCGGCGUGAAGAAGCGCCGACUGCCGAACCAUGUGACGACGUUCGUGAGGACGGACGUGCCGCCGCUGGGCAGCUUCACCAAGUUCACCUGGCACAUCACCAACAUCCUGCACGUCAAGUCCAUCUUCGACGGGCCAGAGAUAACGCUGAACAUCACGCGCAGUUUCCAGUACAGCUCGGACACGGGCCGGUACACGGAGCACGUACCGACGGAGGCGGAAACGACGCCUCAGCCGCUCUCCCACGGGCCCUACAUCAAACCGCAGCAGUACAAAACCGUGCUCCGAGUCGGGUGCAUAUCGGCGCAGCAGCAACAGCCGACGCCGUUCAUCAUCGAGUGGGUGCCGGCCGUGCUGCCGCAGUCUCAGGUGGGCGAGUUGCGGCUCCAGUUUCAGUUUGUGCACCAGCGCAACGGCCAGCUGGUCGACCCGCCGCAGCUCGUCUUCUGAGAGACGUGGCACGUCUCGGAAAGAGACGGGUCGUCUUAGUACUCCAGACAUGACAAUGCUGAGUACGUGGUUGAUGGAGAAACUAUCAAAGUUGUGUCGAAGAAAUUAACAAUGAAUGGGCAUUGGCCAGUGUCUUGACAACAGCAAAAUAUUGCUUAGGAGCAAUAAUGGCGAAACGGUGCCGAAUUAUUUGCCGGAUGGCCUUGGGCUGUAUCCGGGCCGGCCCAAACGUCGCCUUAUAUGGUCUGGUGCUCGGCAGAGUAUCGUGUUUUGUUCGCUCGUGCCUGGAGGCCACCGUUGCGGGGUGGGGGUCGCCGCCCUGCCUCCGGCGAGUAAACAGACUGGAGCACGACCCGUCGCUCGUGGGUGGACGGGUGCCGCCGCGACCGCCGGCUUUGGGCCACCUGAGCGGCGUGCCGGCCGGCCGGGGGGGGGAGGUCUCUAGUGCCUCCAGCCCUGCCUCCGGCGAGUAAACAGACCGGGGCACGACCCAGCGCUCGUGGGUGGACGGGUGCCGCCGCGACCGCCGGCUUUGGGCCACCUGAGCGGCGUGCCGGCCGGCCGGGCGGGGGAGGUCUCCAGUGGCGGGCGCCGUGCCGACUCAGCGGAGCAGCGCUGUUCCUACGCCCCAGAGCCGGGCGCGUACCGUGCCCUCCCCCGGAGUGGGGAGGGGGCGCUGUUACCCGCCGGGAGUGCUUUGGAGCGCUCCGCGGGGAAGGUCACGGCUCGGCUCUCCGGAGGAGGGCACGGUGUCGCCGUCUGGGCGGUAAGGCGAGCAGUCUGCUGACGGAGGGACGCGCCGCGACACCGACCCCCUGACCACCGGCGAGAGUUCCCACGGAUAUCGAGCGAAACCGAGCCGAGGUCAAGUCAUGUUCGGCGACUGCCCGGUAACUGGAAAUCCCAGAAGAUUUAUCCGAUCUCGUUUGUUUUGUCAGAGUUUGCGGGAAGGCCAAUGCGUAGCCGAGUUUUGUACAAAGUUUGUCUCGAAGAGAGUGACUAGUUUCGUUGUUAUAGUGUGAUAUUUUGUUUGUUGUGCCAGUAUUUCUUGCUAACCUCAAUACCUAUGCGUGUUUGUCGUGUUUUGAACGCCACUAAUGAUAUGCCGCCUGACAUGACAGUGACUACGAGUACACCACCGUCGGGCCUGCUGUCUGGCUACGUGCCUCCUCGUAUACCUGCUGCAGUUUGUAGGAGCGCGGUAUGUGACCGUGUGUAGUGGGCGUGACUUGUGAGUGCUGUGCUGUCGCCGAAAAGAUACCCUCCGCCCCUCCCCCUCCCAAUGAGAUAUCUGUGUCGUCCGACGACACCCCUGCGCUGACUGCCCCCCUCCCACCCCCACGCCCUCAUGUCUCUCUUUCCUGAGAUCUCUGUGUCGGGCUACUUCCCCUGCGCUAUCCCCUCUCACCCAUAUCUCCCACUCCUGUCGACCUAACGGUCUGGGCUGUGAUAGGUUAUGGCAGCACUAAACGGCUGGUAACUCAGUGCGAAGUGUUUGAGUUUGAGAAUUGUUUGAUGAAUACACGCCAAUGAUUGA